GUGGAAUUUGAUAUGUACCUGGUCCACAUUUUUGUCCCUACUAGUUAAUAUUUGGUCCAACAGGUCGGUUGGUUUAAUCAGAAUGGAGUGUAAAUAGAGAAUGUAGGGCCUGUAGUUUGCUCUGUUAUGUGACAGGACAUGAUUGAUGAAUAACAACAUACAGAUUAGAGCAUGAAAAUUUAUGAAACUUAGAGAGGCAAAACCAUAUGAUCCCUCUUGAAAAAUGUCCUUUGAUGGUCCCCAAUGUUAGAUCUUCCUUUAAGACUUACUCCAAUUGACAAUGCUGGCCACAUAACAUGAUAGCUCCACAGGAGGUUCCUCCUAGCCACAUCUCUUAACUUCAAGUGUGGUCCCCUUGUAGGUUACCACCCCAGAAAUUGUUGGACACAAGGUCUUCAAAUUUCCACCAGCACCAAGUUCUCGAUGAUGAGUUGGAAGACAAAACCAUGUGAUCCUUCAAAUUCCUUUGUCUCUCACCAAUACCCACUAUACUCAUACUCACAUUUUCAGAGAUUUUCCCAUCCCUCCUUUCAUCUAUAUAUACACAUACAUGUUAUUCCAACAGCCAAAUCAAGUCCACUUAUCUCCACUAGUAAACAUUUAUCCACCUUUUUCUCCAAAGCCGUUUCUGAAGGUCAAGCUUUUACAGAAAUGGCUCUUCGAGUUCCUGCUAUUAUGCAUGUUAAGCAGCUUCUCCGCCGGUCCUUUCUAAGCGGCAAAGAAGCAGCUUUCACAACUAAAAUUGUUCCAAAAGGUUACUUUGCAGUCUAUGUUGGUGAGUACCAGAAGAAGAGAUUCAUUCUACCUAUGUCAUACUUAAAUGAGCCUUCAUUUCAGAAAUUGUUAAAUGAGGCGGCAGAAGAAUUUGGGUUUGAUCAUCCAAUGGGUGGUCUAACAAUUCCUUGCAGAGAAGAGGUUCUUACUAAUCUCACUUCUCGCUUAAACAGAUUGUGAUACAUGGAGCCGAGAUCAAUCAGCUAAACAGAUUUGUAAACUCAUGCACUCCAUCUCUUUCUGGAGAAGGAGAAAGUUGGCAAAUGCACACUCGGUUGAGAAAUUUGCGAAGCAGAAGAUACUAAAGUAUCUGAAGAACAUGCCCAUUUGCCUUCACUGUUCAGGCCAAGCAGAUUUUCCAGCAGAUGUGGAGGGCUCAAGAGGCCACAUAUUUAAAGGCAAUGUGGAGAAGCUCAAGAGACAUGAUAAUGAGUGGUGUUGAGAACAACAUUGACGCAAGAAUCCAUCUUUUCAAUAUUUAAUUAAGAGCAUUGGGUUCUUUCACAAAUCAUUGUAAAAUUCUUUUUCUUCUAUAACACAAGUUGGGAAUCAAAG